AUGCGCUCUGCAGGCAGGUUGCACAGCGCCGAUCACUACCUGGAGGGUCAGCAUGUGGACAGCCCAGCCUCGAAUUUGUGGAAUUAUUGUGUGCUUCUGAAAGUCUAUCCACGAGGCUUUGGCUUCACAUCCCAGAAGCCUGGUGUAGCCACCAAACUCGUUUUCGUGCCGAUUUACACAGAUUCAGAGGAUACGUUGAUCAGCGCUCUGUCGGGCAAGACCGAUGAGCUCAUGAUUGGGACUGUGCACUUUCGCCUCACAGUCCGAUACUUGGGGCAAACCGAAACCCUGAAAGGCUGCUCUCAGCGCCUGCGAUGCGGCAAGUGUAAUGAGUGCUUUACUCUCAAGCACGCUGUCUGCAAAUCGGAAGCGGUCCUUCUGCCGCCGAAGUAUGUUCCUGGUGAGUAUCUGCACUGCAUGGUGGAGCUAUGGCUUGAUCCCAAAGCUUUGGGCUACGAGCCGAGUAAGCGCCGACGCCUGGACUACGGCAAGGACCUGUGGAGAGAAAUGAAGUUCACGGACAUGAACAUGAGAGCCGGGGAUGACGGCGAGGACAUCCCUUGCCACCGCGCCGUACUUGCCCGAAGCUCUGAUGUCUUCGACCGUAUGCUGAGCUCGCAGAUGAAGGAGGGGACAGAGCACCGGAUUGUCAUCCGCAAUGCGGCGCCUGGCACCCUGAACAAGCUGCUGGAGCACAUCUACACUGGCGAAGCACCAGAGUACCCAAAGCAUACCUUUACCAUGGUUGGUAAGCUUGUCAAGAUCAGCGCACCCUUCUACAAAACCAAGUAUGGGCUAGCUCAGCUCGCCGAGUCCUGCGCUGCAAGCUUAUCGGAGAUGAUGUGCCCCACCAAUGUCGUGGCGGUGAUUCGCGAGCUGCGAAAGCAUCGCGCCAUCUCCCUUGUCAACACCAUUCUCGAGGAAGCAAAAGCCAAGGUCAGCCAGGAUCCAGAGUUAGUUGCGGAAAUUGUGGCUGCGGGCGGUCUCCCUGGAGCCAUUACCAUCGCCACGAACAUGGCAGGCCGGGGCACCGACAUUGUCCUCGGCGGCGAUGGCAAAGGCAUGGCAAAGCUCUACUUGCAGGCUCCGGAUGAGGAGGGCCCUGAGCUCUCCCAGCUCUGCUUGCCACUGUCGGCUUUGCAGCAACCCAGCGACGCCGUCAGCGCGGCGGUGCAGUCGCUAAAAGUAGCCUAUGAGAAGGCACAGGAGUAUCUGCUGGAAGCCACUGCGCGCGAGGGCCGCAAGGUGGCACCUUCCAUAGCUUUGCUUCUCAAAGUCGUUGAGGCCGGUGGCCUCUGCGUGCUUGGCACAGAGCGACAUGAGGCGCUGGGACGCUACAUGCAAAGGCCCGGCGCAUCGACAACCAGCUGCGAGGCCGCGCUGGCCGCCAGGGUCUUUCGUGUGUUUGGCGGCGACACAAUUCGCAUGCUGACGGCGGAUAUGGGUGGCGCGGACGACGUGUCACUUCAGCUGAACUCAGUGGUUGCAAGCCCUGGGCCAAUGGUAUCUCCUCUGGUGUCUGGCGCCAUCGAUGAGGCGCAGAAUCAGGUGCAAAGCUUCUCGGCAGCCAUGGCAGAGGAGGGCUUUUUCUUCGGGAUCCGGAAGGACGUCUUCAAGUACGAUGAAGUCCUGGACCAGCAAAGACAGGUUGUUUAUGGUGUGCGCCGGAAAGCGCUUCUGGACUCGGAUGAUGGUGUGCUGGACUCCCUCCGCAGCUACUGCACGGAGAGCAUGGAGGAACUUGUGGAGCAGUUGAUUUCCGGGAGUCAGCCUGUUGAGAGUUGGCCGCUGGAACGAAUGGCAACAAAACUAUCCGCAUGGUUCACUGGUACAUUGACAGUGACCCCCGACGACCUUCGAGCUGCAUCCGGUGCUGGCGGUGACGAGGGACGCCGAGCCCUCCUACAGUGGGUUCAGCGGGAAAGUUUGGAGGCAAUCGACCGAAAAGCUGCAAGGAUCGACGAAGAUGCGCCGGAGCUGCACCUUGCCGUAUUUCGCCAGGUGCUGCUCAUGCAGAUUGACAAUUACUGGAGGAAACAUUUGAAGUACAUGACGUUCCUCAGGAACUACUCCAAGCUUCGGAGCUACGGACAAAGAGAUCCGCUAGUGGAGUACAAGCUCGAAGGAUACAAAGCCUUUCAGGUGAUGAUGGGCAAGAUUCGUCGCGACACGGUUUACUACCUCUUCACUUUCCAGCCAAGGCCUUUGCGCCCCAUUCCGGAGGAGCGAUUUGCCGACAGAACGCCUCCUGACGCAGAAGCCUCGUUGCUCGAAAAGGUGCUGGCGCUUGGGGACAGGUCGAACGCGCUGGUUCCUCUGAGCGACCCAAACCUGGUGAAGCUUCUGGACGCCGCUGGCCUGGACACCAUCGAGGAGCGCAUCCUCUGGCUCCACGCCGCGAAAGGCGUGGAGGUCUUGGAGGAUGCUUUUGCACGAGCCGUGUACCUGAACAUCGGGGGGCCCAGCGAGGAUUAG